AUGACCUCUUUGUCCUGCCCGCUUCCCGGCCGGGACGCCUGCAAAGCCAUAUUCCCGGACAUCGCCCCUGUCCCAUCGGUAGUGGCUGACUACCCGCUUGGCCUUAGCCCCGCAACCGCAGUCGCUCCCGAUCUGCCCUACUCUGGGCCGUAUGGCCACCUCCUGCCCUACUCCUACACUGCGUCGGCGACUCCGGGAGACUCCUACCUGCCCUGCCAGCAAGCAGCGGCGCCUUCUCAGCAGGAGCCGAAGGCAGACUCGGAGAAACCGCCGCUGUCCCCGGAGCCCUCGGAGCAGCGCCCGCAGCCCCCGGCCAAGAAGCUCCGCAAGCCGAGGACUAUCUACUCGAGCCUGCAGCUGCAGCACCUGAACCAGCGUUUCCAGCACACGCAGUACCUGGCACUGCCCGAAAGGGCCCAGCUGGCCGCGCAGCUCGGCCUCACCCAGACCCAGGUAAAGAUCUGGUUUCAGAACAAACGCUCCAAAUACAAGAAGCUCCUGAAGCAGACCUCUGGAGGACAGGAAGGGGAUUUCCCUGGGAGAGCCCCCUCCUUGUCUCCCUGCUCCCCACCCCUUCCAUCCCUCUGGGAUCUACCCAAGACAGGGGCCCUGCCCACCAGUGGCUACGGCAACAGCUUUGGAGCUUGGUAUCAGCAUCACUCCCCAGAUAUCCUGGUUCCACCUCAGAUGAUGUGA